GGUGGAGUUUCCACCCCCGGCUGUCCACUAUAUAUUGAGCUCAACAUUCCACCCCAAGCACACUGGCACAUGCAGGUACCGUUUCACCCUCACCGAAUGGUUCACUAUGGCGUCGGACCACCAGAAGUCUGUAACCAAGCAGCAGCAGGCAGGCACCAGUGCGUUUAAGUUGAUAAACUAUGAGCAGGAAAACUUCCAAGGACGGUGUCAUGAGCUGACUGGUCCCUGUAACAACCUGCAGGAAGCCGGUGUGGAGAAAGUGGGCUCCAUCCUGGUGCUGUGUGGACCAUGGGUGGGCUACGAGCAGGCCCAGUGUAAGGGGGAGCAGUAUGUGUUUGAGAAGGGGGAGUAUCCUCGCUGGGACUCCUGGACCAACAGCAGACGCAGUGACACCAUCAUCGCCUUCCGCCCAGUUAAAGUGGACAGCCAGGAGCACAAAAUUGUCCUUUAUGAAAACCCAAACUUUGAAGGCAAGAAAAUCGAGAUCAUAGAUGACGACGUGCCCAGCUUUCACGCACACGGCUACCAGGAGAAGGUCUCCUCUGUUCGGGUUCAGAGUGGCACUUGGGUGGGCUAUCAGUAUCCCGGCUACAGGGGCUUCCAGUACCUGUUUGAGAAAGGUGACUAUAAGGACAACACUGAGUUCGGGGCCCAGGUUCCUCAGAUACAGUCGGUCCCGCGCAUCAGAGACAUGCAGUGGCACCAUAGGGGAGUGUUUCACCCCAUCAACUAAGCCAGCGACCCUUUCCUGUCUUGACCCCUGACCUCUGCACCCAUGCUGCACUCCCACCUCCUCCCCUGCAACGCCAAACUGCAUUUUGAUAUUUACUGCUCUUGCAGUUUCCAUGUUGGUUGAAACAAAUGAAUAAAUCCUGAUUGCUUCUAC